AUGACCAUGAGCGCCACCGGACCUGACCUUCCCCAACAGAUAGAAGAUGAAGGUGCAAACAGACGCGUACGCAUUUUCUCUGGUCGCCAUCGCCCUCCUCAUCUCUGUUAUUGUGCUCCUGGCCCGCCGCACCUUGUGCGCUUGGCCGCCAUCCGGAACCCCGCGAGGGCCUGCCGCCUGCAAGAGGCUGAUGCUGCCGCCGCCGCCGAAUCCCCAACUGGCUGGCUGGCCAUUGUUGGUUUUUUUGUGUGGCUUUCCAUCUGGGCUGGGGAGACCGAGAAAGAGAAGAAGGCAAAGAAGAAGGCAAAUGAGGAUAAGGAGGGGAAUAAGGUAUAG